AAAAAAAAGUUGGCCGCCCAGAAAAUCCAAAGUUCGACAAUUACCACGACGACCGACGGACCCAGCAUCACAUCGUCAGCCUCGAUCUUUCCCUGUCCAUCCUCACGCAUCUGCGCAUAGACCAAUUGGCCGUUCGAUAAAUCAAAAUGGCCGCCGAAAAGCCCGAGAAGAAGGAGAAGAAGGACAAGAAGCGCAGCGAUGAGUCUGGCGUGAGCAAGUCCAAAAAGGACAAGAAGGACAAGAAGGAAAAGAAGGAGAAGCUUGCCGCUGCCGCGGAAGACGAGCUUGAGCGUGACACAGCCGUCAAGGCCUCCGCUGUCGUGGUCAAGAAGGUCGCUGCCGUCGAGGACGACUCUGACGUUGAGAUUGACGAUGCGUCCGCUCUUCCUGUCGAGAGGACCGUUGUACCCUUUGCGGUGCCAUUGGCGGAUGACAAGGGCACCAAGAAGGUUUUCAAGACCAUCCGGAAAUCUGCCAAGGCGAACACCCUCAAGCGUGGUGUAAAGGAAGUUGUCAAGACACUCCGCAAGUCACCCGCCGCCGGACCUGGCGUCACCUCUUUCCCCGGCAUUGUCAUCAUCGCCGGCGACAUCUCCCCCGCCGAUGUCAUCUCUCACCUUCCCGUCCUCUGCGAAGAUCACAAUGUUCCCUUCAUAUUUGUCUCUUCGCGCGCAGAGUUGGGUGCGGCCGCCAAGACCAAGCGCCCGACCAGUGUGGUCAUGAUCAUGGAGAAGCGCGAGGGUGGCAAGAAGAAGAGCGACGAGAAGGAGGAGGAUGGCGAGGAGUUUGGCGAGAGCUACGCUGCGUUGGUCAAGUACGUGCAGAAGGAGCUGAGCAAGCAGGCCUUCUGGUCCAAGGGCGACGGCAAGGCGGUGGCUUAGGAAGUGAUUAGAGUACGGGCUGACUGGGAUAUUCGAUCAUCUGGAUGUACAUUACCAGAGGCUUACGGUUGUGGUCAAAGGCGUUACGGUGUUAUUCAAUUGAGAAUCGACUUGCUCACACAUAUCUGGCAUCUGGCCAAUUUGCGCGAACCGAACUGAGCGAACCACCAGGCUCAGAAGCUUGUCUAUUAUCCUUUUCACGCGCAUGCAAGAAUCACAAGGGAUAUGCUGGUUUGGUUGAAUAGUACAAUUAUACGCCAAAGACGAUACAUAAGUACAGUAAAGAACUCCACCGUCUCGUGGUUAUUAUCAAUCAAGAGUGUCCAUUCCGGCCAUUUCCCAUGCCUGUCCUGAACGCCACUUGACUAUCGAGUCAAAUUAUUCUAUGUAACCCUUUACUCGAAGGGGUUGGUGCGGGUCCCCCACCAGGAGAGGAAGACCGACAGACCGACGGUCUCGAA